UCCCAGUCCCUCCCCCGGCGGGCCCCUACUCCGGCCCCUUCCGGAAGCGCUCGUGGAGCGGCCCCGCAUGGAGCUGGAGCCGAGCGCCUCCCAGGCACCCCGAGGCGCGGCCGCUCUCUUCGCCUGGGGUGCAAAUAGCUAUGGGCAACUUGGCCUUGGCCAUAAGGAAGAUAUGCUUUUGCCCCAGCAACUGAAUGACUUCUGUAAACCUGGCUGUGUCAGGAGGAUCACGGGAGGAGGGGGCCACUCUGCUGUUGUCACAGACGGAGGAAACCUUUUUGUUUGUGGCCUGAACAAAGAUGGGCAGCUGGGGCUUGGCCACACAGAGAAUGUUCUAUAUUUUACUCCCUGCAAAUCCCUCCUUGGCUGUCCCAUCCAACAGGUGGCCUGUGGCUGGGACUUCACCAUUAUUCUCACAGAAAAUGGUCAAGUUCUGUCAUGUGGAUCUAACUCCUUUAGCCAAUUAGGAGUUCCUCAUGGGCCUCGAAGAUGUGUGGUUCCCCGGGCCAUUGAGAAUCUGAGAGAGAAGGUUGUUAGUAUUGCUGCUGGACUGAGGCAUGCGUUAGCUGCUACAGCAAGUGGCGUUGUGUUCCAGUGGGGAACUGGUUUGGCAUCAUCUGGACGGCGGUUGUGCUCUGGGCAGACGCUCCCACUGUUUUUGACAGCAAAGGAACCGAGCAGAGUGACAGGCCUGGAGAAUUCUAAAGCAAUAUGUGUUGCUGCUGGCUCACAUCACUCAGCUUCACUGACAGAUGCAGGAAAGCUGUAUGUUUGGGGAAGCAACAAGCACGGGCAACUGGCUUCUCCGGCUGCUUUCCUUCCUGUGCCCCAGAAAAUAGAAGCACAUUGCUUUCGGAACGAAAAGGUCACUGCUGUCUGGAGUGGGUGGACACACCUGGUUGCUCAGACAGAAACUGGCAAAGUGUUUACCUGGGGCCGAGCGGACUAUGGUCAACUGGGGAGGAAGCCGGAGUCUCACGAAGGCUGGACAUUGGGAAAGCAGGAUUCGUCCCUCCCCAGCUCGACACCUUCGUCUCUGCACUGCGUAAUCGGAGCAACCGAGGUCUCUUGUGGCUCAGAGCAUAACCUGGCAGUGAUUGGUGGGACGUGUUACUCCUGGGGCUGGAACGAACAUGGCAUGUGCGGGGAUGGCACUGAAACCAACGUCUGGGCCCCGACGCCCGUGCAGGCUCUGCAGUCGUCAUCAGGAUUCCUCGUGGGCUGUGGGGCUGGCCACUCCCUGGCCUUCUGCCACCUGCCAGCCCUUCCUACACUGCGCCAGUGUCCCAAGGUCACUGGCCCUUCCCCAGAUGCCACUGAGGACCCCAAAUCUCAGGAUGCCAUGGAAAGAAACUGGAAAGAAAGACAACCAGAAACCUCUACCCAAAGCCAAUCUGACAGGUGCAGAAAUGGGGGGCUUGUGACAGACACCAUUUAAUAAAGUGGUUUUUUCCCAUUCA